UAUUACCAGAUUUAUAGUUCCUGCUAACUGUAGAUAGUAUAUAUAUAUAUUAAAGUGAAAAGUAAAUAUAUAUAGUAUAUAUAUAGUUGAAGAAUAUUACGACGCUAAUUUACAAGACCAACGUGCAAACUACUUGAAUGUUCAACGGUAAACCCUGCAUGAAGUACCACUCGACGCACACUUCAAUCGUCUGAUUUGACAGGAUUCAUACCCUCAGCACUAACAGGAAUAGUUGGAAUCCAAAGAACUUUGUAUUAUGGCGACUGAUAAUACCAAAAAUUUUACAUAUGACAGAGGCGGACCUUACUUCAAUGCAUCAUGGGAAUACUACAAAAACCUGCCCUUUGCCGCGAAUUUCUCCGACGGUAACAUAUCAAUGAUGAUGGAAGGAAACUGUAAAGCAGUAAUGAGUGUUCUCUACUUCGAUAAAACUCAACUGGCCCGUGUUAUUGUGACAUGGAUAAUGUUUCUGAUAAGCGCAGUUGGCAACAGUUUUGUGCUGUUCUGUGUCUGCAGAAAAUCGCGAACAUCUCAUGUACAUUUGAUUAUGUUGCACUUCGCAGUUGCUGAUCUUGCCUUCACGUUCUUGGUGAUGCCGAAAGAUGCAAUGUGGAAUUCAACGAUGCAGUGGUUGGGUGGCGAUGUAUUAUGUCGAAUAUGUCAAAUGUCUGCUCAGAUGGGAAUGUAUAUCAGUUCAUUUAUGGUCGUGGUUACGGCCUUGGACAGAUGUUGCAGUAUAUUAUUACCAAUGGCAAACUCAGCUACUAAACAACGAAGACGAACAAAAUAUUUAGUCGGAGGAGCUUGGAUUCUCAGCAUACUGAGCGCAAUACCGACGGCCAUAAUAUUCGGAGUGAAGUCUGUCCCGUAUUGUCCAGAUAUGCCUCCACUUUCUCAGUGUGUUGAUUACGUCUUGGUGAAUCGAACGAGUCUUAGGCCUUAUUAUUUUUUCACUAUGGCAAUGAGCUUUCUUUUUCCGAUGACGUUCAGUUUAUUAUUUUAUUCGUUGGUGAUCUGUGAGAUUUCGAACAUGAUGCGACGAGAUAGAGAGAGACUUGGCCGAAGAGAUUCAACAGUCAGCAUUAUGAGAGCAAGAAAGAAGACAUUGAAGAUCACUGGAAUGGUCAUGUUCUCUUUCCUGCUAUUUUGGGGACCGUACUACGGAUUUGGAAUAUACGAUUGGUUUAAUCCAGACAAAAAGCCGCCGAAACAGAUUGCUACAAUAUUGUUUCUACUGAUGUACUUUCAUCCUGCUAUUCAUCCAUUCAUAUACGGUUUCCUGAUGAAAGACGUACGUGACCGAUUUAAAACGACGAUGCUACAUUUGGAGAAAAUAUUUACCUGCAGUGCAGCUGACAUUGAAGAACUGCGCCGUCGACGUCAGAGUCGUAACAGUAUGGACAACAGCGGUGUAACAACCAAUACAAAUUUGUACCUGGGGCAGGAUUACUCCCGUACUGGCCUUCGGGGCGGUUCGAGCUCCGGAUACGGUCCCUACUAUCCGGGUGGCAGCUCUCGCAGCGCAGAAUCAUCAGACACACCCACGAUGAUGCACACUAACUCAUCAGAGCUCGCACUUCUGAGAAACAACAAUGAGGAUAUUUCCCCUGUGAACUACAGUGAUAACCAUGUCGGAUGCUUUUCGUCCCCCGAAAAAGAACGUUAUUCACAGACUAACGGAUACGCACUUGCCAAAAAUAUGCGGGAACCAGUAAAACGUAAUAGCAAUGCGCAAAAACCAGUCAACGGAGAAAGAGAUAGACUUAUAAGUGCUAAUAGCUCCGAUGAUAACAAACAAUGUGGUGACAGAUCCACACCAGAUUCGAGUCAAAAUCCGGAUCGAGUUGUGGAAAAUCCGGAAAAUAACGGCAUUGUUCCUCGCGCUUCAACUGUAUCUUUUAGGCUUCCUGGUUCGGUCAAAGUGACCGCAGAACCCGCCACCGGAAAUGCUUUAAAUAAUAAUAAUAAAGAGAUGACUAACAGCAGUGAUGAUAUUAUAAAAUCUACGAACGUCUAGAAAAUGUCACCAUCUCUAUUGAGGAAUUUUGCCUACAAAAACAGCAUUACCAUAUUUGUUCGAUAUUGCUGAAAGCGACCGCAGGAAGAGAAGUUGGAUGAUUCUGUUGUCCAUUAAAUUUAUACCAGGCGAAAUAUUUUUCAAGAAACGGUUACAAAUAGAAUAUGAAUGCACUAUUGCAAGUCUUUCGAUUAUCGGUUUGUUUUUGCGUAUUAUACCCACUGAAAUCGUUUAAAAUUGCCCUAAUUUUGGGUUGUGAUUGGAACAUAGUAUGUCGUGUUCGAAGCGCAAGUGUUUUACUUAUCCCCGUCACGCAGCUCUCCAGGUCCAAACCUAUGUUAUCCGAGAAUCCCUUAUUGAAUUUUCGCAAACUUGGCAAAUUAAAUACUGUGAAUAACAAUUAUGUUACUUUAAUACUUUUGCAAGUGUGCAAGGAGUGUGUUCCUGUCCUCUAAAUAAAAUGUUUCUUAACGAAUUAAUUGGUCGGUUCAAAUUAUAUUUACCAUUUUUUCUCUUAUUUUCUCAUAUUUUGUUCCAAAGUUUACGACUGGUACCAUUCUACUAUUUUCUAUGUAUCACCCACGAUAGAAUUUUGGUGUUAUCGGAGUAUGUUUGUUCAACUAUGGUCAGUACUUGAUUAAUAAACUUGCCAUGUUUGAACAAACAUGAUCGAGUAAUACCCAUAUUCUCUCAGGGCAUUUCAAUUCAUUUCAUAUGUUAUAUAUUGUUUCAAUUAUUUUUAUAUAAUAUAGUUAAUGGUCGAGAUCUUUUUGCUUUCUGUGACUGAAAGUCUCCGAUAACGUUUGGAUGGUAUGGUUCAUCUAAGGGUGUUGAAUAACACUAACAAGACUUGCAAGUAAUUGCAAUUAUUUUUAAUCGGACUUAUUAUCGAGCGAAUAACACAAAAUUGAUAUUUGGAAAUUUUCGCACGUACACAAAAGCAUUUUAGACCAUUCAAGCGAAUUGCUUUGUUUCGGCGCUUUCGAAGUGUUAAUGCGUUUCGUUCCUCCAAUUUUCGACUAAAGGUCAUAUAAAAUUGAGUUCACGGUGCUAAUUUUAUUGUAGGAGUGUCAUUGCGAACAGCUCAAUAUUUGAAUGAUGCUUUUGAAAUUAUCUCAAGUUUAAGUUUUCAGCUAUAUGUUGAAAAAUGAAAGUCAUUUUAUGAAGGACACCCUGAAAAACGCAUUUUUAUAACAUUGAACAAUAUUGUUAUUGAUAUUAAUGUUGACUAUUUCCUCUCCCUCUCUCGCGUCUUUUUUAAUAAACUCAACGAACAAGCGUGUUCUUACUCAUGUAUGAUCCUAGGUCUUUUCCUUAUUUCAAGAAAUAGAUUGGUAUCAACUAUGAUCUGGUCUAUUCAUGAACAGUCCUUUUCCAGCGUUGUGUCUAUAAUAUAUAUAUCAACCUUUCUUCAUGUUAUUCCUGCUGGAUCAAGUUUAAAGUAAACUAGUGUUCUUGCUCUUGAUUCAUUAUUAAUGUUACGCCGCUGAAUUUAAGAAUUUGGCUUGUUGAAUCGAAUCUGAUGAUAUCUCCAAGCUUCUCAUUCUGAACCAUUUCAAUACGAAAAUUUUUCAGCAAGAUUACGCCCACUCAUUCAAAAGCAACGAAGACUCGCCCUCGAUAGAAGUUACGGCGACAACUGAAGAGCUACUGACCCCAAACAGAAUUAUGUUGGUAAAUCACACGUCGGUAAAUAUCGAUUAACACUGGUCUUGCAAAAGUUCUCGACAAUAUAAUCAGGAAAACAGCUGAGGUAGUGAAACAACAUAAUUGAAGUUCUUGGAAAAAAUGUGCCUCGAUGUUCGUGGCGAAUAUUAAAAACUAUGUAGGCUCGAGAUUUGGCACCGGGAAGCCAGAAAAGAAUUUGAGGUUGUAUUUUGGAGCGCUGCACAUCAACAAAGAGGUUGUUUUUGCAAUCAGAGAAAAGAUUUAAUAAGGGAAAAAAAUCUCAUCAUAUUAGCCGUAGGUGCCUGCCUUGGUACAGGAGGUAGGUGUGCCAAGCUCUAUAAAAAGUUUUCAAAUAUCCAGUUGACGAAUGGUGUACCCUAUGGCCGAUGUACUAUAUCAUAUAUAUGUCAUAUAAUAUAUAACUAUUAAAACAUCGCCGGGAAAACUCCUCCGAGGAAAGCCUAAGCCUUAUUGUUUAUCAGUUUAAACACCACGUGAUUCUAUUUGGGUCGCCAAUAAUGACUACUGUGUUGAUAAGUAAAUCAAGCACUUUUCUAAUGAUUGCCAAAAGACUAAUGAGGGGUAUUUAUCGAGAUUCGUUGGAACACACAGUUUUUGAAAGCAGGAGCUACGUUCUGCUAACGCCACAGCGCAUUCUGAAGAGAUAUCAAGUCGCAGAAUUUGGUUUCAGAUGGUACCAUCGAUGAGGAAUAAACGCGAAACCAGCACGCGAUCUUUGAAGCACAGGAUCCAGCAAGUAGCGAAAACAAUAUGUACAGGGCAUAUCACAAAUAAGUUCCCUGGAUGAAUCCUAGUCACCUUUCUUAUAAUCAUCAGGAGUUCAUCGGAACGGAGACUCAUGUCAUGGAUUAUAAAAAAAGCUGCAAUAAAACAUGGAAUUGAGAAUCCAAUCCUUUUAUUUUAAAACUUUGUUGAUAACUGAUCAUUCUUGAGACGUUCAGAAACAUGUAUAAGAUAUAACAAAGUAUUAUCACUCGGAACAGAAAUAAACGUUUGUCGAAUCAUAGCAUACGCGCCAAUACGGAAAGUCCACUACAAAUUGUCCCGGACGAGAAUGUCCGUGUUAUGUAUUUAUUUUUUUUAUGUUUUUAAAUACUUUAAUGCUUGACCUCUUAUUCGUUGUUUUGCCGGGCCUGACCAAGUGGUGUACCGAUAUAUCGGUAUUAGCAAUAUCGGUCAAAUUUUUGGUAUCGGUAAUGUAUCGGUAUCGGCUAAAUGAAGACCGAUAUUUCCUAUAUAUUUUCCUUUUUGAUAUGAAACAGAAUGUUUUAAAAAAAGGUUGGAAUACUGAUGUUCAAAUUAUUUUUUGCAUUGAGUGAUCGUGAGCUAUGAGCCAUGCACCCGCGAGUAGAAACAGGAAUAGGAUUCUGACCUGUUCUUAGCUAUUUAUCAUUCAAACGCUUAACUAAUCUGGGUAUUUUCGCGGCCAAAUUUUUAUAUUGACAUUCUUAAUAGUAAUUAUGAAGAAAUAUAUCAAUCGAAUAUUAGUGGAUUUUCUAAUGUGUAAAAUACAAAAUAUGUAGUUACAUUGGCACAAAAUCUUGCGCACUUAAGACGUAACUCAAUGUAUCAAUUUGAUAAUAUUCAUUUAUUUUACCACCCUGAUAGGCAAACCUUAUGAGCAGGAAUGGUCAUAACCAUUGACUAUUUUGAAUACUUUCUGAAACAUAUUUUCGAUACUGAGAUUCCGAAUACAUUGUGAAAUCCCCCACAUAAAUGUUAUUAGCCGUAGGUGCCUGCCUUGGUACAGGAGGUGGGUGUGCCAAGCUCUAUAAAAAGUUUUCAAAUAUCCAGUUGACGAAUGAUGUACCCUAUGGCCGAUGUACUAUAUCAUAUAUAUGUCAUAUAAUAUGUAACUAUUAAAACAUCGCCGGGAAAACUUCUCCGAGGAAAGCCUAAGCCUUAUUGUUUAUCAGUUUAAACACCACGUGAUUCUAUUUGGGUCGCCAAUAAUGACUACUGUGUUGAUAAGUAAAUCAAGCACUUUUCUAAUGAUUGCCAAAAGACUAAUGAGGGGUAUUUAUCGAGAUUCGUUGGAACACACAGUUUUUGAAAGCAGGAGCUACGUUCUGCUAACGCCACAGCGCAUUCUGAAGAGAUAUCAAGUCGCAGAAUUUGGUUUCAGAUGGUACCAUCGAUGAGGAAUAAACGCGAAACCAGCACGCGAUCUUUGAAGCACAGGAUCCAGCAAGUAGCGAAAACAAUAUGUACAGGGCAUAUCACAAAUAAGUUCCCUGGAUGAAUCCUAGUCACCUUUCUUAUAAUCAUCAGGAGUUCAUCGGAACGGAGACUCAUGUCAUGGAUUAUAAAAAAAAGCUGCAAUAAAACAUGGAAUUGAGAAUCCAAUCCUUUUAUUUUAAAACUUUGUUGAUAACUGAUCAUUCUUGAGACGUUCAGAAACAUGUAUAAGAUAUAACAAAGUAUUAUCACUCGGAACAGAAAUAAACGUUUGUCGAAUCAUAGCAUACGCGCCAAUACGGAAAGUCCACUAUAAAUUGUCCCGGACGAGAAUGUCCGUGUUAGGUAUUUAUUUUUUCAUGUUUUUAAAUACUUUAAUGCUUGACCUCUUAUUCGUUGUUUUGCCGGGCCUGGCCAAGUGGUGUACCGAUAUGUUAU